AUAGCGAAAACCGAUGGAUGGAUGUUCAAUGUUGAAGAUUAUACGACAUGGGCAAACACUUUUGAAAAAUUUUGGUGGUUUUUCGCCAUUGACAAGGAAACCGACGAACCUGUUGGCAGCGUUACUCUUUCUUUUGAACGUGUUAUUAAUAUGGCUCAACGAUAUGCGGAAAAAUACGGCUUUAAUAAGAUGCCUAAUUAUACGCACGAUAACGCCAUCAUACCCACAGAACGCAUUAUUAUGCCAAAGCCAGAUCCACAGUACAUUAUCAAGGAUUUGAGAGAUGUUGAUGACGCCAAAGUGAUCGCCUAUGAUGCUGCGAUCAGCCAACGUAAACGAGGGAAAUUUCUCACUACAUUCAUGACUGCUGGAGAAUGCUAUCCAAAAUAUUUCUUUUAUAUCUAA